CAUCAAAUAACCCAACGCACGACUAUCACAAAACAGUGACAGACUUAGCGCCAACGGCUGCUUCCCACGGCUGUACACCGCCACUUCCAGCUUUCGCCGCUGCCGGAGAGAACGCCGUCAGUCAUCGACUGCCGUUCCCGCACUCAGCCCAGCGACGCUGCUCCGACGUUGCAGCCCCGCGCAGAGUGUUACCCACCGUGACAGCAAUCUCAAACACCCACGCACAGCGGAAAUCAACCCAGCCUUUACAAGACUUCUGCACAGGGUAUAUAACUAGCAGAUUUUCUACUGAUGGUGAAAACAAAGCAAAGACUUGUGGCAAUCCCUACAAACAAGAAUAUCACGCCAAGUGGCCACAUGGACCUACUGGGAGAUGAUAGUUGGGUGAUCGUGAAAAAGCAGAGGAUCACCAUUUUGGUGCCUCCUCUACCUGCUGCCAAAAAGUUGACAACUCAAAACCUGGGACCAGAUCAGCCACAAGCCACAACCAAAAAAACAGCGACUAACCAAAUACAACUCCCAAUUGAUAUAUGUUCCAGAAUGCCUCCAAUUGAGGAACAAGAGAACUCGAUGUCAUUGGCCCCUAAACAGGGUAUUCGAUUUGCGGGAAAAGCUCCUGCUCAAGACAUGCCAACAUUAGCCAAGCCACCAAGGAUAGAUUUAAGAACAGAAGCAGGAAAGCCGGAUCAAGUUGGCACAUCAAAGAUUUAUGAAAGAUUUGGGGUAUCUGAUGCCUCAAAUGUGAUCAAGCGGCCUAGACUAUUAGACUGCCCCAGUAUCAUCCUCGACGGGGGAAUGUUUCUAAAUCAAAGGCUCAGGGCAUCAAAUCUUGAGAGGAAGCUUCAAAAAGCUGGUGGAUUAAGCAGGUGGUUAGCAUCACUUGGACUUGGUCAGUUUGUGAGGAUUUUUCAAAGGAAGAGUGUUAAUAAGUUUCAGCUGGUGAAUUUAACAAUGAAGAAGCUCAAGGAUAUGGGUGCAAAUGCAGUGGGGCCUAGGAGGAAACUGAUACAUGCUAUAAACUGUGUUUGCCAGCCCCAUGGUUUGGAGGCCAUCUGAAUGUUCCUGGGAUCUUUGCAGCAUUUGGAAAAUUUGGGGGACGGGGGGUGGGGGGAAGAAAGUCACUGUACAAAUGCUACCGCCUAGUGCUGUUAGAUAUAUUAUGACAACUAGUUUAGGGGAGAAUUAGAAAGCACAGUUUGCUGGUUGUUUCUUUUGUUCUCAUCUUUUCUAUCCUUUUUUUUAUUUUUUAUUUUUUACUUUCACAAAUUUCAAAUCAAUUUGUAUAAGAUGAACUGAGAAGGUUCAGCUGUAGAUAGAGCAGAAUGGAGGAUUGUUGUCGUCUUUUAGCUAA